AUGGCUAGAUUUAGAAGGUUUCGAGACUGGGAGCUCAAGAUCCGCAACGAUCGGCACAAGCCGAGGCCCCAGAUCGCAGCCAACGACAUUCGGACACAGUGUGCGAACGACCGCCAGACCGUAGCAACACUUAUCGUGAUCUCUCGCUUGCGCCAUCUGCAUGACCGUCAGGAUGAUCUGCUUUCCGCUUAUAUUGAUUUGCUGGAGCAACAGCAUUGCUGGCCGGGCCUUGAGGCAUCGAUCAUCUUGACCGAGCAGUUACUGGAACAUGUCCAAGGCCAACGAGACGCCAUUCGGACGGAACUCUUGGGCCACGGGGCAGAUGUAGCGAGUCCCGCUCUCGCUAGCAGCCCUCGAGGAAAGCCUCAAGCAACUCCUGGAAAGUCUGCGCUUGGUCGCCGCGUGAUUCGGAAUCGAGGUAUGGCAUCUGAAGGAGAGAGCCCGCCCCUGGUGAAGUGCCCGAGACCCUCCAGGCAGGGACCACAUGCAAGCACGCAGGACAGCUUUAAAGUAAGGAAGACGCCUCCGCCUCCCGGCGCACAUGAGUCCUCCGGAGGGAGGAUCAGUGGCUCUAGCGGAUCCCGCAAACGUAAAGGUUCUGGCGAAGGCCAAACUUCUGGUAUGCGACCCGUGCUGAGACCCAGGCCGAAUACCGAUGUCAGGAACGGCAAUAAGGAUGAUGAGCUCGACCCCAUUAACGAUCUGCCCGAUUACACUGACGAACUGAACCAGGAUGAACGCAAGCCAAGUGACGGCUCUCGAGACGGUCGAAGCUUGAAGCCACGAUCUGAAUCGUCCGAGAGUAGUGCAGGGGAUCGACCGACUGAGGAGCAGCUGAUCGAGCAGCUUGCCAUAGUCGACGAUGGUCCCAUGCACGAUUGGCGUCCUGAGGCCGAGCUCGGGGGAAAUGGACCUCCCAGUAGAAGGCGUGGGCAGACUCCUGAGGUACCAAUCCCAUUUCUGGGACGCUUCGACGAUGAAUCUGACGAAGAAUUCCAGGAUCACAUGCCAGUCUUGGAGAGCGGCAAUGGCUUUCCGCCGUCUCGGCCAGGUCCGCCAUCAGUUCCGCCGCCAGGACCGCCGUCAGGACCGCCGCCGGCCCUGCCACUAGGUCCGCCACAACCGGUAUGGACGAAGAGUCGCAAAGCGCGACAGCUCCAAUUUGGCAAUCCCUUCCCAGGAUCUCUUGAUCAAUGGCAGUGGGCUGAGAGCCUUGGCGAGGGUGGCCAGGGGCAUGCAGGGCUGUGGGUACAGUAUGACCAAGCAGGUAACGUCAUUGAUCGAAUGGCAGUCAAAGAACUCUGGUACGAUGGACCUGGAGACUGGAUCCACAAGGCUAUCUGGAAAGACAUCGAACUCGGUGUCCGAACCUGUCGCGAGGAUGAUGUCCACAAGAUGCUCAGCGGUCUUGAGUCCAGCGGCAGUAUUGAUCUGAGGCAACGACACGAUACGGCGAGAAGAGUAGCUCAGACGGCUCAGGAUGAGGAGGGUAUGGACUCUGCCAUCAUCCCCGAGCCCUUCAUCUGGUCUCUAUUGGAGACGCUGGCCGAAGCCGCUCAUCUGAUGUACAAGGGUACAUUGACCUCCAACGGCCCUCCCUUCAACGAGAUUUUGCAUCGAGAUAUAAAGCCAGCUAACGUCUUCCUGGCCGAUAACCUCGGGUCUGGCUGGCCAGGCAUGCGAGCAGUAGCGAAACUUGGUGACUUCGGCUGCGCAAUCGAGCGUCAAGCACGCGACACAAUCAACCCGAGGGGUAUGGUCGAUACCGGCACCCCUUACUAUAUGGCGCCUAAACAAUUCGGCGAGUGCCAGAACCUGCUACCGACGCCUUUGCCCAGCAGAGUAAAUGUCUAUGGCAUUGGCAAGACGAUACUCUCUCUCAUGGUAUUGACCGAUCCACCGUUACACAAUUAUUUUGGGCGGCUUCCUAUAUUGAUCACCAAUUUUGAGCGAAGCUACUCUCAGCGGCUCUGGGAUCUGAUCGAGCAAUGUGUUUAUGGUCCGCUUGGUAUCCGACUCACAGUCGAAGAGUUGUUGGAGGAUGUCCGAAGGCAUAUACAGCAAAACGAUUUGCGCACUGCGGGCGAUUGCAAUGUUCUUGUGCGGGCGGAUGCUUAUGCUUUGCUGGCAAAGCCUGCACCCAGACGCGGUGACCGUGAUUAA